CGCACGGGAUCGAGGGAAAAAGGCGAAGAGAUGUUUUUAACAAUUCUCCCCUAAUAGCUCCUUAUCUAUCCAUUACCGUUUCUCGCGCCUGCCUCGCGUGAAAUGACAGUUCUGUCAUACGCGAGUACGCGAGAGGAUAUUACGCGACACGGUCGAGCCGAUCGUAUCGCUUUGUAGAUCGGUUGGAACAAGAUCGGGGAUUUCGAAGACGCGAGUGUCAUGCCUCGGGGAUCGUCGUGUUCGACAACUGUCGAGCGGAACGAGCCUGAGUCACGCGUACGUCGCGUCUGACGCGGAGCGAUCGGCGCAACCUGUUUUCUCGCGUUCAGGCAAUUGAGGAUCGGAGCAAGGAUUCCAGGAACAUGCGUCAACCCGCCGAGGUUUAACAGCCGUGAAAUCGUGCCGAUUCGCGUCGCGCUCCGUGUCGUUCGUGCAUCGCGAGCUCUACUUCGAUCAUGGAGGUUAUCGAUAUCAAUUAACAUUAAUGGAAUCGCGUAUAAGGCUGGCGGAGAGUCGGGCAGAGCUGUUUGUUGAGUUUAUUUAGCGUAGACGCACAGCUGGGUGCGCGCCAUGGAGAAGUUCAUGAUCGACUUGGACAAAGUCCUCAAUGACUUUGAGUUCAACGAAGAUUGCGCGGAGCAGAUAGCGUCAGUCGCAACCUCUACGAUCGACGCGUCAACCGUGGAGAAGCGUGCCAGCGAGUCUGUGCCACCGAAAAUGUACAGCUUCAGUCCCGAGAGAGCCGUGACGAUCGACGUGGUGCCGCCGGUGGAGAAGUACAGGGACGUCCGGCCGACGGACGUCGACUCCAAGUACACGCUGGCCGAGAAGAACAUAGUAUUUAUAUCGGACGGUAAAGACCCCGUGAAUCAUUUCUAUACGCACGAGCGUGUCGGCGACGUCACGACCGGGCAGAAAUCAUGUGUUCAUACUUUUGACCCUGACCGAGUGUCUUCAGCGUACGGCGACAUAUCACAGAGCCCGAUGCAGAAGCAGCAGAGCGCGGCGAGCGACUCGACGGACGGCGACAGGUACGACAAGAAGCUGAACCAGCCAAACUUCAAGCCUAGCAUCAGCAACGUGUUUAACAGUUUGAACGAGUAUAUCAACGCUCCCACGGGAAGCUUGAGCUACGUCGAGCCUAUGUUGGAGGAGGUGGACGAUUUGUCCAAUAGGUCCGCGGACGAUGCGGCGGAGAGGGAUUUUAGGUCGAGCAGAGACGUGGCGAUUAACGAACGUUCAGUACCGAUAGAGAAGGGUACGACGAAUGUAGCCGACACGACUGUCGAAAUCACAAAGAUGAUCUUGCCGGUGGAGUUGGGUACGUUCGGCAACGUCGAGACCAGCGGCAAACAGGAUAAUGCGAAGCAGAACGUUAUGUUUUAUCAUUUCUCUCCGAUACAGCCUGAGGAGAACAGCGGCGCCGUGAUCCCGGUUUCGAACACGGCCAUCUCGCAAAUACACAAUAACGUUACAAUAGACGCGAGACUGUCUAGUAAUAAAGACGACGUUGAUAAGAAGGUCACGGCUAGCGACGCGUUUAAAGAAAAGUCCGAUAGUAUCGUCAGCGAACAAAGGCAGUCGGACUUGGACGGCCGAGAUCCCGUCGACGAGUACGCGCUCGAGAAUAAGGAGAGCACAGCUGAGGCUGCCGCAAAGUUAGAUAAGACCGCGAUGAGCAGCGAGAGUCACGAUACGGGCGUAGGAGCCGCCAAGUGCAGCGUUUUCUCGAGCGUACGUAUGACGCAUACAACCGAUACCAGCGAUGAUUUUUCCGAGGAAGAACUGAACCAGUAUUUGCUAGAGUUAGAGAAGGAAGAGAGCUCCAAGACGGAAAACGUGCCGCUCUCGGAUAAUGCUUGGCCGUCGCAGCCGCGCGGCGAGUCGCGAGGCGACGGUGAGAAGAGCGCGGGCCACUGUCAGCGGGACGACGAGAACGUUAACGAGGCGCCGAUAUUCGAGAAGAUUAUGAUAGGCGAACUACCGAAGAUAGUUCCGCAGGAGGAGUUUCAGGAGAGGACGAAAAAGUUCCCCGUGAUUGAUUAUAACGCGGACGCGUGUAACGAGGCUGUAACGGAUGUAAAGUGUAUCAAUACAGUGAGGGACGCUUUAAAUGAGAAGAGCGAUCAACUGAGGGACGUACGAAGUAACGAGCUGGACGAAACGACGAGAGACACUCAUCUGAUCGAGGCGGUGGGUCAAGAUGUAGCGACGCAAGAGAGCACCUUGCAAGCCGCACCUGGUGUCGCUGUCGUUCAAGAGAGGGUCGCGUCCAAGUUCGAAAGUCUUGGGGAACAGGUGUGCGAUAACGACACGACGCAGAGAUUACACCAAGAUUCUAAUAGAGACGCUCCGCCGCAGGAAAACAGUAGUGGUAUUUCGUUAAGUUCGUCCGAGAACAAAGAGGAGCCUGACAAAGUGCAUUGCCAAGAUACCACCGAGAGUAACAGGAACGCCGUGCGUGAGGCUGGCGCGUGUGACAGCGAGGAGAUCUCCAAGAUGGAGACUGUGUCUAAGGUCAGCGAUGCUUGUGUGGUCCCUCAUACGAGGGAAGACGAUCAGGAAGCCGAGAAACCCACCCGUCCCCAGACACUGGACAUUGUAUUGACGCAUAACAAAAAUGACUCGCAUUCGGAAUCCUCGAGUGUUGUACAAGAGCCGGAACACCCAGCGGAAAUCAGUGGCACUGUUGACGAAGACCGCGGCGCUUCGGAUGUUUCUGAUAAUUCUUUAGGCGAAUGGAACAUAGUAUUGGGAAAACAGCCUCCGUUUUGGAUUCCGGAUAGCGACGCGUCUAGUUGUAUGUUGUGCGACGCUAAGUUUACUGUACUUAAAAGGCGUCACCAUUGUCGUGCCUGCGGUAAGGUACUAUGUAACAAGUGUUGCAACAUGAAAUACAGAUUGGAAUACCAGGUACAUGUCGAUUCCCGUGUUUGCGCUCCGUGUUAUCAUCUACUCACAAAAGCAGAGAGCGAACAAGGAAUGGGUGAUUGGUCGGCCGGCUAUAAUUCGUAUACCGACUGUAGCGAUGUUAACUCAGUACAGGGGAGACAGCCUAAUCCAAAUAAUCCCAUGGAGUACUGUUCAACCAUACCACCCUUGCAACAGUUAGCCGGCGGUAUGCCGCCACCACCGACGGUGAUGGUACCCGUGGGCGUUCUUAAGAGAGAGGGCUCGAAACAUCGUGCAGAAGGACAGAAAUCUGUAAUGUUCAGUGACGGAAUAAGGCCUGGCUGUGACCUGACAGAGCUAGACACGUGUUGGGACCCAAAGCCACCGUACCGCAAGCCGGGAAAUAAACGGAUUUUUCCAUCGGGAUCUGCGUUGACGGACACUGUAACGAGAAGGCAACAUCAUCCUCCUCUAGACAAUACGACCAAUAGUUAUAUACCACAUGAUCCUAACUUAUUGCCUCCGACUGUUACAAUACACAAAGGCCAAAUUACGUACCAUCCACCUAUGGACGAAGAUGUGCUCUAUAAAACGCUGAAAAACGAAUGCGAACCGUCGGUAAUGUUCGCGAUUAAUCGGAAUCUCUAUGCAUAUGUGAAAAUAACUAAUUUAAAUUGCUGCGUAAACAAGAUCUGCUGGAAUGUGACGUCGAGAGGACUUGCUUGUAUUGGUCAGGACGAAGUUAUUUUGUUAGUCGAGGUUCUGCCGGAUGAAACACGGAUUCCAAAGGACCUUCUGAUAUACAUCAAUCAAUUAUAUCUCGAAGCUAUUAAAGGUAAUACAAUGACGGAACUCGGUUUCUCGGUGUACCAAGGUACCAACCUGUUGGGCUCACGCGAGCAUGCGGGAUUUCUUUUUAUUCGCCAGACAUUGCAGUGCUUGCAAAAGAUUAUUUUACCGCCUGCACCUUUCUUGAUUGGACUUUUGGUUCACAGGUGGGAAACUCCAUGGGCCAAAGUAUUCCCAUUAAGGCUUCUUUUACGUCUCGGGGCAGAAUAUCGUUAUUAUCCUUGUCCAUUGGUGUCAGUGCGUUUUCGAAAUGCGCUAUAUUUCGAAAUUGGACACACUGUCAUGAAAGUAUUAGCGGAUUUUAGAAAUUUCGGCUAUACUUUGCCAGGAGUGAGGGGCUUAACAAUUCACCUCAAAAAUCGUACAACAGAUGUUAUGUUCCCCAGGAAUCGAUACGAUCAAGUUAUAAAAGGACUUCAUAAUUCCAACGAUCAUGUUUUAGCUUAUGCCUCGAACUUUAGCAUAACCGCGGAUUCACAUUUAGUUUGCAUACAAACGAAUACCGGCGAUGAAAGCAGUUAUCAAACGCAAGCGAUAAACAUUCACAACAAACCAAGAACAGUAACUGGCGCCAGUUUCAUCGUCAUCAAUGGUGCUCUAAAAUCCUCAAUGGGACUUUCUGCCAAGUCCAGUAUCGUUGAGGAUGGAUUAAUGGUGGAAAUAAUGCCAGAAAAAAUGGAAGCUUUGAAAGCUGCUCUAAAAAAUAUGCAGGAUUUCUCAAUUGGUUGCGGACGCCAGGGGGCAUCGGAGCCGGACGAGACUGUAAACAUUAAGUGGGUCGAUAACGACACGCUGUUCAAUCUGGGUGUUAAAAGUCCUAUUGAUGGCCAAUUAAUGGACGGUAUACCAUCUAUUAGAGUACAUAAUGGCAUUGAUUAUAAAGGUGCAACCCGAUUCAUACGUUGGACAGAAGUAUUCAUUAUAAAAUCAGAUGAUCAUUCGAGUGGCGUGAACGAUCCUGUGGAUAUAAACAAACUAUCUGGCAGCAUAGCAAAAGCGACAUGUGCAGCACUAGUUAAAUUGCUGGAUCUUCUAGCAACAGCGGGUUUAACAAAGCUCGGCGUACGGACAACAAUUCAUCCAGAUAAUGUGGGCUACGAAGCUGGAAGUGAAGGUACAAAACUACCGCCAAUAUAUAUGAAAAGUUUAGACAAUGAAUUAAUUCAAGUUUUACAUAAAGCUGUACAAAGUAGUCAAGAUGCAUAUACAGUACUUGAAUUGAUAUUUUAUGUGCUUGAGGAUUAAAAGAAAAAGGAUAUAUAAGAUAUUACAUCCGCAUAUUUUAACCGGUGAUGUCUUAAGGAUAAUAACUUUCAUUCAACUGGGAAGACGUGCAAUUGCACUGAACAUCGUGGUGCAGUGAUUAUAUGAUCUGUAUGUUACUUUUUAUUGUAUAUAUACCUUGUUUUAUAAUUUAUGAGAUUUUCGAUUUGUCUAUUUAUUAAGACGUUAUCCUUAUUAUUUGCUAUUUAUUAAGAUUGUAAAUGAAACAUUUUUUAUUUUAUCGUGAAAUAUUCAACGAUGUGCAUAAAACCGCAUUACAAAUGUAAGUCAAGAAUCAAGAAGAGAAACAGUAAUAGCACUGUGCCGUGACAGAAACUUCCAAUGUCUAUUCUCUCAAAAAUUUUACGUUGUAUUUUUUGUUUCUCAAAUAAUCUCAUACAUAGGAAUGAGUGGUAAUGUAAUGCAAAUAUGUGUAUCGUGAGUUACGAGAAGAACAUCUUCUCUCUCAUAGAAAGAUAAGGUAAUACACAGUAGUGGAUUUUGCAUUAAUAUUGCAUUCAGAUUAUUAAUAUUUCAUUGAAGUUUUAUUAACCGUAGAGAUAUGUUUCUUGCUUAACUUUAAAAGCCUCAAAUUUAUACGUAAGACAAGUACCAUUAAUUUUAUCACAGGAAAAAAAAUUAACAUUAUUUUGGAUAAAUCAUUUAUAUACACAUAUGUAUAGAUCUGUUGGCGCGCGCGCACGUGUGCGUAGUGAUAUGUAUUUUAGGAAGCUCAUGAUAAGUACACAUUUAUUCGAUAUCAAUCGUAAUCAAUCAGAUCAGUCAGCCUCAAUUAAUACAGUUACGUUGAAUAAUAUGUAGAAUGUUUAUUGCCAAAGACUUACGCAGGUUACACUAUAUAAUCUUUGUUAAUGUAAAUAUGUAUCUGUCCUUUCUCGAUUGUUUUACGAGGUAUAGGGUGAUCACUUUACAUGCAGAAAUAACCUGCGACGUUUUCAUAAAAAUUUCUUAUAAAACAAAUGAGUGUUUAAUUGACAAUUACUAACAAUUACCAAUAAUUAGAUUGCAGAAAAAUUGCCGAAUACGAACAUACAUAUUGCAAAUGUGUGUUCGCAAAAAUCAGUUCUUUCCCCAUUGAUAUAAUUCUCCACUAACUCUCUUUUAUAGCAAGGUUUUUUGGGGUAUGAGGACAGCUUGUAACACUACUAUAAUGUAAUUAUGUAUUAUUGUAUUUAUUGUUAUAAUAAACCUGUUAGCUAUAUAUACAAU